GCUUAGUAGACAGACGUUACGUAUUCAAUAAAAAUAAAUUUUGUAAUAUCAUAAUGAUGGCUAGUAACAGCAUUUUAAACGGCACACCAAACUUAAGUGUACGUAGUGCCAAACAACAGGAUAUGAAAGCAGUUUUUCAAAUGAUUAAGGAACUGGCUGAAUGGGAAAAAAUGAGUCAUAAGUUGAGACUGGACGAGGAACAGCUAACUAAAGAUUUUAUCAAUAAAGCUUUUCACUCAUUAGUGGUGGAGGCUGAAGAUAGGUCUCUUGUAGGAUACGCUAUUUAUAAUAUAGAUUAUUCAACUUGGGAAGGAAAGUCGCUUAUUUUAGUAGAUUUAUUCAUCAAAGAAAAAUAUAGGGGUAAAAAAAUUGGAGAGCAACUAUUUAUUUCUGUUAUGAAAGCGGGUGACGCACAAGGUUGUCAAAAAGCUUAUUUCCACGUAUUGUCUUGGAAUCCAGCAAUAAAAUUUUAUAAAAGGUUAGGAUGUACUGAUGGAAGUCCAUAUUUAGUCUAUAGAUUGGAACAUGAUAAUUUUAAAAAGUUGGUAAACACCAGUAAAUUGUAAUAUUUUUUAUGUGUAGGAGUUUGUGAUGUUUUUUAAUAGUUUUAGCAAUAGGUUUGAAAUAUACCAAUACAAUGUAUUAUGUAAUUUAAUAAAUUUUUUAUGAAUAAA